AUGUCGCUCGACCUCGAGCGUCAACUGGUCUUUUAUGGCUCCUAUCACCACAACAAGGUCAAUGUGGCCAUCCACAUCCUCUGCGUGCCCAUGAUUCUCUUCUCAGGCUUCACCUUGGCAUCAUAUUCAGGAACCAUCAUCCCAACACCCUCUUGGCUCACCGUCCCGAACCUGCCACUCAACCUCGGGACCAUUGGUGCCACCGCCUAUGCAGCGCUCUAUCUUCUGCUGGAGCCCGUGGCCGGCUUCGCCCUCGCGGCCAUAUGCCUCUCUGCCGCAGCCGCUUCAAACUACUGGCGCGCGCAGUGCCCCGACGUGACGCUCAAGGCGGCCAUUGCGGUGCACGUCUUCUGCUGGGUCGCGCAGUUUGUCGGCCACGGCGCGUUCGAGAAGAGAGCACCUGCGUUGUUGGACAAUCUCAUCCAGGCGCUGUUCCUGGCGCCCAUGUUCGUGUGGCUGGAGAUCCUCUUCUUCUUCGGAUACAGGCCUGAGCUGCAGGCCCGAGUGCAGAAGCAAGUCCAGGCCGAGCUUGUCAAGUUCAGGACGGGGCAAAAGAACGGCAAGGCCCAGUGA